UAACACUCAGGAAAUGCUUGUCUCCUGCUGUUGAUGAAUAAUUUCAGAGUACUAUGGAUCAUGCUGAAGAAAAUGAAAUCCUUGCAGCAACCCAGAGGUACUAUGUGGAAAGGCCUAUCUUCAGUCAUCCGGUCCUCCAAGAGAGACUACACAAGAAAGACAAGGUUUCGGAUUCCAUUGGGGAUAAGCUGAAACAGGCAUUCACAUGCACUCCUAAAAAAAUAAGAAAUAUCAUUUAUAUGUUUCUACCCAUAACUAAAUGGCUGCCAGCAUACAAAUUCAAGGAGUAUGUGUUGGGUGACUUGGUCUCAGGCAUAAGCACAGGGGUACUUCAGCUUCCUCAAGGUUUAGCUUUUGCAAUGCUGGCAGCCGUGCCCCCAGUAUUUGGCCUGUACUCUUCAUUUUAUCCUGUCAUUAUGUAUUGUUUUUUUGGAACCUCCAGACACAUAUCCAUAGGUCCGUUUGCUGUUAUUAGCCUGAUGAUUGGUGGUGUGGCUGUUCGAUUAGUACCAGAUGAUAUAGUCAUUCCAGGAGGAGUAAAUGCAACCAAUGGCACAGAAGCCAGAGAUGCUUUGAGAGUGAAAGUUGCCAUGUCUGUGACCUUGCUCUCAGGAAUCAUUCAGUUUUGCCUAGGUGUCUGUAGGUUCGGAUUUGUGGCCAUAUAUCUCACAGAACCUCUUGUCCGUGGGUUUACCACUGCGGCAGCUGUACAUGUCUUCACCUCCAUGUUAAAAUACCUGUUCGGAGUCAAAACAAAGCGGUACAGUGGGAUCUUUUCAGUGGUGUAUAGUACAGUUGCUGUGUUGCAGAAUGUUAAAAACCUCAACGUGUGUUCCCUAGGCGUCGGGCUGUUGGUUUUUGGUGUGCUGUUGGGAGGCAAGGAGUUUAAUGAGAGAUUUAAAGAGAAAUUGCCGGCACCCAUUCCUUUAGAGUUCUUUGCGGUGGUAAUGGGAACUGGCAUUUCAGCUGGAUUUAACUUGAAAGAAUCAUACAAUGUGGAUGUCGUUGGAACGCUUCCUCUGGGGCUACUACCUCCAGCCAAUCCUGACACCAGCCUCUUCCACCUUGUGUAUGUGGAUGCCAUUGCCAUAGCCAUCGUUGGAUUUUCAGUGACCAUCUCAAUGGCCAAGACCUUGGCAAAUAAACAUGGCUAUCAGGUUGAUGGCAAUCAGGAGCUGAUUGCCCUGGGACUGUGCAAUUCCAUUGGCUCACUCUUCCAGACCUUUUCAAUUUCAUGCUCCUUGUCUCGAAGCCUUGUUCAGGAGGGAACCGGAGGGAAGACACAGCUGGCAGGUUGUUUGGCCUCAUUAAUGAUUCUACUGGUCAUAUUAGCCACUGGAUUCCUCUUUGAAUCAUUACCCCAGGCUGUGCUGUCGGCCAUUGUGAUCGUCAACCUGAAAGGAAUGUUUAUGCAGUUUUCAGAUCUCCCUUUUUUCUGGAGAACCAGCAAAAUAGAACUGACCAUCUGGCUUACCACUUUUGUGUCCUCCUUGUUCCUGGGAUUAGACUAUGGUUUGAUUACUGCUGUGAUCAUUGCUCUGAUGACUGUGAUUUAUAGAACACAAAGUCCGAGCUACAAAGUCCUUGGACAGCUUCCUGACACUGAUGUGUAUAUUGAUAUAGACGCAUAUGAAGAGGUGAAAGAAAUUCCUGGAAUAAAAAUAUUCCAAAUAAAUGCCCCAAUUUACUAUGCAAAUAGUGACUUGUAUAGCAGCGCAUUAAAAAGAAAGACUGGAGUGAACCCAGCACUCAUCAUGGGAGCAAGAAGAAAGGCCAUGAGGAAGUAUGCUAAGGAAGUCGGAAAUGCAAACUUGGCCAACGCGACUGUUGUCAAAGCGACUGAGGAUGCAGAAGUAGAUGGAGAAGAUGGUACGAAGCCUGAAGAAGAGGAUGAUGAAAUAAAAUAUCCCCCAAUAGUCAUCAAAAAUACACUUCCUGAAGAAAUACAAAGAUUUAUGCCCCCAGGGGAUAAUGUCCACACCAUCAUUUUGGAUUUUACACAAGUCAAUUUUAUCGAUUCUGUUGGAGUAAAAACUCUGGCAGGGAUUGUAAAAGAAUAUGGAGACGUCGGUAUUUAUGUGUAUUUAGCAGGAUGCAGUGCACAAGUUGUGAAUGACCUCACUCGAAACAGAUUUUUUGAAAAUCCUGCCUUAUGGGAGCUGUUGUUCCACAGCAUUCAUGAUGCAGUCUUGGGCAGCCAGCUUCGAGAGGCGCUCGCGGAACAAGAGGCCUCAGCUCCACCUCUCCAGGAGGACUUGGAGCCCAAUGCCACCCCUGCUGCUCCCGAGGCAUAG